UGCCGCCCGCUCUCCUCUCCCUCGGCGCCGCCGCCGCCGCCGCCGCCGCCGCCCGCGGGGCUGGGACCCGAUGCGGUUAGAGCCGCGGAGCCUGGAGGAGACCCGAGCAUUUCUGCUUUGGGACAGCCACUCAUCUAAUUCCUUAAAAUAGUUUUAUAUGUAAAACUUGUAAAGGAUCAGAACAAUGCCUCCAAGACCAUCAUCAGGUGAACUGUGGGGCAUCCACUUGAUGCCCCCAAGAAUCCUAGUAGAAUGUUUACUACCAAAUGGAAUGAUAGUGACGUUAGAAUGCCUCCGUGAGGCUACAUUAAUAACUAUAAAGCAUGAAUUAUUUAAAGAAGCAAGAAAGUACCCUCUCCAUCAACUUCUUCAAGAUGAAUCUUCUUACAUUUUCGUAAGUGUUACCCAAGAAGCAGAAAGGGAAGAAUUUUUUGAUGAAACAAGACGACUUUGUGACCUUCGGCUUUUUCAACCCUUUUUAAAAGUAAUUGAGCCAGUAGGCAACCGAGAAGAAAAGAUCCUCAAUCGAGAAAUUGGUUUUGCUAUUGGCAUGCCAGUGUGUGAAUUUGAUAUGGUUAAAGAUCCAGAAGUACAGGACUUCCGAAGAAAUAUUCUGAAUGUUUGUAAAGAAGCUGUGGAUCUUCGGGAUCUUAAUUCACCUCAUAGUAGAGCAAUGUAUGUCUAUCCUCCAAAUGUGGAAUCUUCACCAGAACUGCCAAAGCACAUAUAUAAUAAGUUAGAUAAAGGGCAAAUAAUAGUGGUGAUUUGGGUAAUAGUUUCUCCAAAUAAUGACAAGCAGAAGUAUACUCUGAAAAUCAACCAUGACUGUGUGCCAGAACAAGUAAUUGCUGAAGCAAUCAGGAAAAAAACUAGAAGUAUGUUGCUAUCAUCUGAACAACUCAAACUCUGUGUUUUAGAAUAUCAGGGCAAGUAUAUUUUAAAAGUGUGUGGAUGUGAUGAGUACUUCCUUGAGAAAUAUCCUCUAAGUCAGUAUAAGUACAUAAGAAGCUGUAUAAUGCUCGGGAGGAUGCCCAAUUUGAUGCUGAUGGCUAAAGAAAGCCUUUAUUCCCAACUGCCAAUGGACUGUUUCACAAUGCCUUCAUAUUCCAGACGCAUCUCCACAGCUACACCAUAUAUGAAUGGAGAAACAUCUACAAAAUCCCUUUGGGUUAUAAAUAGUGCACUCAGAAUAAAAAUCCUUUGUGCAACCUAUGUGAAUGUAAAUAUUCGAGACAUUGACAAGAUCUAUGUUCGAACAGGUAUCUAUCAUGGAGGAGAACCCUUAUGCGAUAAUGUGAACACUCAAAGAGUACCUUGUUCCAAUCCCAGGUGGAAUGAAUGGCUAAAUUAUGAUAUAUACAUUCCUGAUCUUCCUCGUGCUGCUCGACUUUGCCUUUCCAUUUGUUCUGUUAAAGGCCGAAAGGGUGCUAAAGAGGAACACUGUCCAUUGGCCUGGGGAAAUAUAAACUUGUUUGAUUAUACAGAUACUCUAGUAUCUGGAAAAAUGGCUUUGAAUCUUUGGCCAGUACCUCAUGGAUUAGAAGAUUUGCUGAACCCUAUUGGUGUUACUGGGUCAAAUCCAAAUAAAGAAACACCAUGCUUAGAGUUGGAGUUUGACUGGUUCAGCAGUGUGGUCAAGUUCCCAGAUAUGUCAGUGAUUGAAGAGCACGCCAACUGGUCGGUGUCUCGAGAAGCAGGAUUUAGUUAUUCCCACGCAGGACUGAGUAACAGACUAGCUAGAGACAACGAAUUAAGAGAAAAUGAUAAAGAACAGCUCCGAGCAAUUUGUACCCGAGAUCCUCUAUCUGAAAUCACUGAGCAAGAGAAAGAUUUUCUAUGGAGCCACAGACACUAUUGUGUAACUAUCCCUGAAAUUCUACCCAAACUGCUUCUGUCUGUUAAAUGGAAUUCUAGAGAUGAAGUAGCUCAGAUGUACUGCUUAGUGAAAGAUUGGCCUCCAAUCAAACCUGAACAGGCUAUGGAACUUUUGGACUGUAAUUACCCAGAUCCUAUGGUUCGAGGUUUUGCUGUUCGGUGCUUGGAAAAAUACUUAACAGAUGACAAGCUUUCUCAGUACCUAAUUCAGCUAGUACAGGUCCUAAAAUAUGAACAGUAUUUGGAUAACCUGCUUGUGAGAUUUUUACUCAAGAAAGCAUUGACUAAUCAAAGGAUUGGGCACUUUUUCUUUUGGCAUUUAAAAUCUGAGAUGCACAAUAAAACAGUUAGUCAGAGGUUUGGCCUUCUUUUGGAGUCCUAUUGUCGUGCAUGUGGGAUGUAUUUGAAGCACCUAAAUAGGCAAGUUGAGGCUAUGGAAAAGCUCAUUAACUUAACUGAUAUCCUCAAACAAGAGAAGAAGGAUGAAACACAAAAGGUACAGAUGAAGUUUUUAGUUGAGCAGAUGCGGCGACCAGAUUUCAUGGAUGCUCUCCAAGGUUUUCUAUCUCCUCUUAAUCCUGCUCAUCAACUAGGAAAUCUCAGGCUUGAAGAGUGUCGAAUUAUGUCCUCUGCAAAAAGGCCACUGUGGUUGAAUUGGGAGAACCCAGACAUCAUGUCAGAGUUGCUCUUUCAGAACAAUGAGAUCAUCUUUAAAAAUGGGGAUGAUUUACGGCAAGAUAUGCUCACACUUCAAAUAAUUCGCAUUAUGGAAAAUAUCUGGCAAAACCAAGGUCUUGAUCUUCGAAUGUUACCUUAUGGUUGUCUGUCAAUUGGUGACUGUGUGGGACUUAUUGAGGUGGUGCGAAAUUCUCACACGAUUAUGCAGAUUCAGUGCAAAGGUGGCCUGAAAGGCGCUCUGCAGUUUAACAGCCACACACUCCACCAGUGGCUCAAAGACAAGAACAAAGGAGAAAUAUAUGAUGCAGCCAUUGACCUCUUCACACGUUCAUGUGCUGGAUAUUGUGUCGCUACCUUCAUUCUGGGCAUUGGAGAUCGUCACAAUAGUAACAUCAUGGUUAAAGAUGAUGGACAACUGUUUCAUAUAGAUUUUGGACACUUUCUGGAUCACAAGAAGAAAAAAUUUGGUUAUAAACGGGAACGUGUGCCAUUUGUUUUGACACAAGAUUUCUUAAUAGUGAUUAGUAAAGGAGCCCAAGAAUGCACAAAGACAAGAGAAUUUGAGAGGUUUCAGGAGAUGUGUUACAAGGCUUAUCUAGCUAUUCGGCAGCAUGCCAAUCUCUUCAUAAAUCUUUUCUCAAUGAUGCUUGGCUCUGGAAUGCCAGAACUACAAUCUUUUGAUGAUAUUGCAUACAUUCGAAAGACCCUAGCUUUAGAUAAAACUGAACAAGAAGCUUUGGAAUAUUUCAUGAAACAAAUGAAUGAUGCACAUCAUGGUGGCUGGACAACAAAAAUGGAUUGGAUCUUCCACACAAUUAAGCAGCAUGCGUUGAACUGAAAUGAUAAUUGAGAAACCGAAAGCUCAUUAUCUGGAUACUAUCCUGCACUGUUAAUAACUGUCAACAGGCAAAGACCGAUUGCAUAGGAAUUGCACAAUCCAUGAACAGCAUUAGAAUUUACACAAGAACAGAAAUAAAAUACUAUAUAAUUUAAAUAAUGUAAACGCAAACAGGGUUUGAGAGCACUAAACUAGUUCAUUUCAAAAUUAAGCUUUAGAAUAAUGCGCAAUUUCAUGUUAUGCCUUAAGUCCAAAAAGGUAAACUUUGAAGAUUGUUUGUAUCUUUUUUUAAAAAAGAAAACAAAACAAAAAAACCCCAAAAUAUAUAGAAAUGAUGGAGAAGGAAAAAGAAUGAUGUUCUUUUUUUGUCUUGCAAAUGUUCUAUGUUUUGAAAUUGUGGACACAACACAGUCUAUUAUCGCAUUAGGUCCAAGGAAACUGAAGUUUGGUGUUAAAUUACAUUGAGAUUAGAAAAUAAUGAAGAUUUCUUAUUUUUUCAUUGCUGUUCAAUUUAUAGUUUGAGGUGGGUUUUUUGACUCCUUGUUUAAUGAAGAGAAAAAUGCUUGGGGUGGAAGGGGCUCUUGAGAUUUCAUCAGAGACUUUUCCUUUUUAAUAAAUCAAACCUUUUGACGA